CAGAGGUAAUGUUUGCACAAUAAUUCAGUGAUGCCGCUACGCGUUUGCAGUACAGUCGAUGUCAGUGUUCAUUGAAAAUUCAGAUACGACUUUAUUACGAACAACUCGUAUAAGUUGGUCACAUGCAUAAAUCAAGAUGGUGGAAAUAAGCAAGCAUAUGUUCGACAGCACGUGCCGUGAUGUGCCAUGCAACGUGCUGCUCCACCCAUGGCACGAACACUGUCUCGCAUCCUACGUCCCCACUUACACUCACAGCCUCAUUGGAAGCGCGAAAUUCUACUUCAUCAUACAUAUGGUGCAAAACUUAAUGAAAGGUAAGAAAAUUCUCAAACGUGAAGAGCUAAUGAAGGCAGUGGAGUAUUACGCGCGUUCUACUCUCUUCGGAGCUCUAGUGAGUGGCACUUGUGGGACAUUUGCGUGUACGAUUCGGAGGCUUUUAGGUAACAAAUUGACGUACUAUACGUACAUUCUCAUACCCAACAUGAUCAAUGGAAUCUUUAUUCUUCUCGAGCCACCAUCAAGAAGAGGGCUUAUCGUGGAUUUAUUCGUUAAUUUGGUAAUAGAAUAUUGGACAAGGACUUUUGAUAGAAAAGGCUACUUUUCAAUGACAAAAGGAAAACAAACACUAAUGUUUAUGGUUGGUAGCGCCCUCCUCUUCUAUCUUAUGCGAUUAGAAGCAGAUAGCAAUAGAAAGACACCGUUGUUAUGGCUUUUCACUCCUGAAAAAGUACGUCGGAAAACGGAAGAUUCAAAAACCGUUUGUCCACACGCAGGGCCGUGUAGACCAUUUAUUUUAAAGGGUUUCCUAAAAUACUUCGGCAUAGGGUUCGGGUUCACCAUGCUGCGAGUGUUGGGCCCACGGCUGGGCACGCCGUUGAAGGCGCUGUCUCAACUGAGGUGGAGGCACUUGGAUAUGGGGCUGUUCUUCGGCAGUUAUAUCGGUAUUUACAGAGCUGUGAUAUGUUACUUGUGCAAGACGCAUGGUGCUGAUUCCGCAAUGUAUGCAUUGCCUGCGGGGUGCCUCGCUGGAUUAUCGUUCAACUUCAAACCAUCCCUCGGGUUUGCGAUAGCUUCAUUGACAGGAGCUUUUAAGCUGUAUUCAACGAUACUGUACGAAAGGAAAAUAAUUCCUGAUAAUAUUCCAAUAUCUGUGAUUCUGUACUGCAUCAGCCAGGGGGUACUGUUCCACGCCCGGUUCCUCCACCCCCAGGACUGUCCGGGGUACGUCGUGAAGCUCACCAAUAGUGUUACCAAUGGAAUGGAUAAAGUCAUAGAGGCGAGCUUGAGGCAAAUGGUCAAAAGUGUAGCUUAGGAAGAUUAUCAAGAAAUGGAGAAACUACCUCUAAAAGAAUAAACAAUAAUAUUACAUAUAAUAAAAAUCAAAACUUUAUAUUAUUUUAAGAUAUAUUUAUUUUUAAAUGCGUAUAUUUCAUGAAUUUGUUUAUAUGUUUGAUUGUUUAUAAUAUCUACUACUACUGAAUUUCGUAGGUUUUUUAAGGCUAAGUAUUUUGGAUAAAUUAUGGUUUUGUGUAAAUUGUAAUCAAGGCAACAGCUUUAUUUUAAAAGACGUCGUCGGAAAAAAUUGUACCGACUGAAUUUCGAGUGAUAGCUUUAACUAUCAAAUGAAAAUUGUAUGAAAAUUCGUUUCUUUUAGCUUUUUGAAUAUAGUAAGUAAGUAAGUUCCAAAGUGUGAGACUAGAUGGCGCCACGGGUAACUUGUAUUGCGCUAUCGAUAAUUCAACGGUAAAAGAGUCGGAUUCGACCGGAAGACGAUUGAAUAUUUUUUUUAUUUUUUAUAUUAUUAAGAGGGAAAUGGGAAUUUAGGUCAUAUUAAAAAAUAUAUGCCAAAAAUCCACGUAAGUAUUUGGGUACCUACUCGAAAUUUAGUAUAUACACCAAAAAUACAGUAACAGAGUGCACAAAAAUAAAUAAACAUAGGAACAUGUUUUUUUUUUGUCUAAUUUUUAUUAGUUACUUUUGAAGUGAUGGUAAUCGUUUAUUACAUCAUUAUUUUUUUAAUGAUUUAUUAGGUAAUUAAGUGUAUGAACUGUGAUGUUAUAAACUUGUGAUCAGUCGCUAAAUAAUUAAUGCAUUAAUGUUAAAACAUUUUGUAUUAUGUAUGUGACAAUAAAUAAAGUAAUAAUGUUGUUAAUUUUAAUUAUAAAUUAUCAUUUUAAGUAUAGAUAAUAUAUUUUUGUUAUUUU